AUGGAAAACAUAUAUGAUGAUUUGGAGAAUUAUGAAGAAGCCAACAUAAUUGAAGAUCUUAAAAAUGAAAAUAGUGAAUUGAAGAAGAAACUCGAACAAUAUACCAGCACUAUAAACCAACUACAAGUUAACAUUUUUCAGGAUUUUGAAAACCUUAGUUCUGAAUAUAAAAAAUUAGAACUGAAUUAUUCAUCACUGCUGAAAACUGCAAGAGCAGAAAUAGAGAGAAAAACAAAUAUGAUUACCCAGUUAAAUGUAGAGAAAGACAUGAUGGUAAUUCAAACAUUUCAAAAUAAAGGAAGACAAUGUUUUAAGAAAGUAACUUGUAAUAAAGAGACAAUCUCUAAGAAUACUGAGAUUGACAGCAGCAGGUACAAAACUGAGGACAUUCAUUGUAAAAUGGUUGGAAAACGAAAAUCAGGACACAUGAUGGAUAUAAAAGAAAAUGUUUUGGAUAGUAAAGAGAAGCCUUCCUCUAAAAACAUCCCAAAUUUCAGGAAAUCAACUCCUAGCCAAUUUAAAAAUAGAUGUGACGAGGAACACUCUCACCUACCAAAGGAGCAGAGACUAAGAGACGAUGAAGACAUGAAAAGUAGCAAAAUUAAAAACUCUAACAGUAUUGAAGGCAGACAAUUAUAUCACAACGCGUCCGUCUCCAUGAGGAGCGACAGCGAUAGACAUAGCGAUAACCUCUAUCGACAGAGAGAGAAAGCGCGAUAUAGACGGAACAGUCCUCAAAGAAUUUCGCGUCACCGAUCCAGAUCUCCACCGGCAGAUAGAUUUAGUCGACAUAAAAGUCACGACAGACGAAAACACUACAACGAUUCGGAACACUCGGCCCAUCGUGAUAUAAUUCCGGUCGAUCAAAUUGAACAACCUGUUCUCAAACACAAGCUACUGCCACAUUCUGAAGAACCGAGCCAAAAAAAAAUUCGCGUGGAUUCAUAUGGAACAUAUGCUAGCUCGGAGAGAAGCUGUGGAGAUUCAGAACUAAUAAGCUUCGGCGCAGCUUUAACGACGCCCGAAGAUCCUCUCGGAUCGUGUCAAUCGCCGGAUUAUUUGCACUGUGAUGGCGAUCAUUCAUCGAUUAAAGAAAUCAUUCAUACGGCUACUACACCACAGGCCGAUCCCAGAAUAACUAGCAAGAAAUAUAUUGUACGAGCCGAAAACGGCAAAGAAGUUUUGAAGAGCAAAUCCAGUAGUGAAAUUUAUUUACAAAGAGUUAACCCGUCACUUUGGGGUAUUCCGAAAAAGUCCCCAAAAAAACCUCCACAAUACUCCACAAACAAUGCUGACUUCCCAAGUUUGUUGACAAAUGCGUGUAAGCCAACACACGAGUCACAACCUGACACUUCUAAAAGUGAAAUGUCAUUUAUUAAUGACACGGAGCCACACCCAUUUGUUGGUAUAGAAACCGUCGAAGGGGACUUGCUGUUGAGUGACGAAGAAGAAAUCGAUAGCAAAAUUCCAGUAGAUCAAGAAAACCAUUUUGAGAAUCUCCCAAAAACAAAGGACAGGGAAGAGACAGAUAUACCGCCUAAAGAUUCUGUCAAAUCUCUUCAAAAAGAAAACAAUAGAAACGCAGCUAUCUCAUUGGAGAACAAUAGGGCAGAAAAAAGCCUUUCAAAUAAGGAAACAUCCAAAUUAGGCAAAAAUACAACUUGUAAUGUUGAAUUGGACCAAGUUUCAGACAAAAGUAUAUCUGUUAACAAUGUUAAAAUCCAUAAGAACUCGCUCGAUUUACCCGCCCAACUUAAAUGCGAGCGAGGAAGCGAAGAUAGUACUGAUACGAGCACUAAACUUGAAAAACCUAAAAAAUACCAAGAGCCUAAACGAAGACAAUGUCCAGAAAAGAGUGACAAACACAGUAAAGUUAAUAUUAGUAACAAAAAACAUAAAAAAAAGAAAUUAGAUGAAACAAAAGUCAAGGAAAUUGACAAGAGCACUCUGGCACCGGACGGUCAAAAGAAGUUUAGUUUAUUUGGAGAAUGCAGCAAUAGCCUGAUAAUGCCUGAGGAUUUAGGCAUUCGAAGCGUAGAAGUCGCCGAGAGCCUGAAGAUUAAAUUUGCAUCUAUUUGCAACGAUUCACAGAAUGCUGUCGAUCAUGUUGAAAACGAUCCAAACCCAGGUCCCAGUCUCAUUCAAGAAAGCAUUGCGGACACGAGUGUCGACGUCAACAUGACCGCAAGCGAACAAUUAACGAACGGUACCGUCAUUUGCAGCGAUACUCAAAUACCAGAAAAGGCCAAUUUGUUUGAGAACAUAAAACCUGCCAUAUCCACGGACAGUCCGGACGUCGUCAUCGUCUCGACGGGAGUUCAAUCUAAACUUCUAGAGGACGAUAUCGACCGAGACAUCUCGAAAAGUGUCUCGAUCGAAACCGCGCUUCCUCUCACGGCUCUGGCGACAUCGACUCCCCUCAAAGAGCAGAACUGCUUUGCUGCCGGUCGAUCCGUCAAAGAUACCGUUCGGGACGAGGCCGGAGACGUCCCCGACGUGAGGAUUUUUGUAAAACGGCGAAGGAAAAUAAAGAAACUCUAG